CCUACAUAAAGGCAGGAGAGUUUGAAGUCUCAUCAUAUGAGAGGGUGCUUUCAAGUAGGGUACUGCUGUUGUCUAUUCCAUUUGGAUUAUUAUUACUGUCAAGCAACUGCACUGCUGUCACCUGGCAUCCAUAGCCCUUCUGUGUUCCUAAUUUUCUGUGUGAAUUGGAGGGCAGCGAGAGAAGAUGCAUCUGGUCCUCAGGGUACUGUGUAUCUCUAUGCUCACACUGUGUUGCCUGAGUAGCACUGGUGAGAUAGGUUGUAAACAAUGGACAACCUCUGCUGGUUCUCCUGAUGUCUGCUGUGAAAGGUGCAAUCCAGGGAACCGUCUGGUGACACGCUGUGGACCAGACCCAGAAAAGCUCUGCGUUCCAUGUAGGAAUGAGACCUACACAACUGAUGGUACAUCACACUCCUGUCUCAGGUGUACUCAGUGUGUAGGUGGCGCCCAAUUCCUUAAGAAGGCCUGUACAAAAAGCAAGGACACAGAAUGUGACUGUAGGGCAGGAUUCCGAUGUGGUGAUGACCACUGUUCCUUCUGUGUUGAGGAGUGUGGGAAAGGCCAGGAACCUCUUCCCGCUGCACGGUCCUGCCGGAAUUGUCCAGAUGGGACCUUCAAUGACAAAAUCCAUGAGAAGUGCAAGUCUUGGAGAACAAGCUGUCUGCAUCCCAAGGAACACAUUGUUUCAGUGGGAGAUGCAGUUAGUGACAGCAAGUGCGGCAUUGCCAACAUUGUAACGCCCGAAGUCAACACCUUACCUUCAACACAGGCGGACCCUGAGGGGCUGGUUUGGGCUAUAAGUGCCUCAUUUGGGGUCUUUAUCAUCCUUAUCAUCUUGUUUCUGGUCAUCAUCACUAAAAAGAAGCCAGAGAAGACAGCCCCCAAGGAGCCAACCCUUAAUGAGCUAACUCACCCUACAGAUGAACCCAGGAGCCUGGUGGUGACCAGUUUCCAUCACCCUCAGCAGGAGCAGGGCAGCAGCUCUGAAAUCCUGUGCUCCCAGGACUUUGAGACCAAGCUCCUGCCUGUGUGAGUGGCAGUGGACUUACUUUCUCGUGUACUUAUUUCUACUUCAUGUGUUUUUGUUCCACUUWARUUUUUUAAUUUAUUUUUUUAAUGUAUUACUGAUAUUUAUUGUUGCAUUGUUGGGAAAGGCAUUUCACUGUACUUGUGCACGUGACAAUUAACUUGGAACAGGGUCAUACUAUUGAUCACUACUUCACACUGGCACUCGGAUGCCUACACAUUGCUAGCUGACGCUACUGCUGAUACAGUUGGACUCUAGCUCUGCUGGACCAUGCUACUGAGUCGCUGGGAAUAAGACAUUGAGGCUUAGAUCAUUUUUUGAAUUUGUGAUAUUUUUAAUACCCCAGUCAUUUUCUUAUCUCACAGGCACAUUCAAAGGUAAACUAGGUCACUAUGUUAAGAUUAUGUACAUGUCAGCUAGCAAACUGAUAUUCAAAUGUCAGUAGUGAUGGGGAAGUUUAGGGGGGAAAACAAUGUCACUAUAUGACAUAUGCAUUAGCAAUUGGCUACAGCUGGACUAGUUCAACUAUUUACAUUUUCUGGUUUCAUAAAGGACAUUUGCCAUCAGUUUAUGGCCUGAAUAUGAAAUACUACUCUUGAAAUGUGUAUGAAGGUAGUAUCAGAGCCAUGACCUGUCUUAAUGUAACAGUGAAUGAGGGGGUACAGCAGUAAAAAAAAGACAGGAAGCGCUGUAUAGUUGUGACUGGCAGCCUCCAUGCCUCCCACUGGCUUAUACAGUAUCAUAGUCACGUUUUUUUCUCAGUUCCCUGAAUGGCUAAACCUAGCUGCCCACAGUUUCUAAGCUGAAGGGAAUACCCCUACUUAAUAUACUGUACAACCCGAAGUGUGACGAACGUUUUAUUGCGCAAGGUUUGACGAAGAGCAAGUGCAGAGUAAUGCCUCAGCACUUUAAGAAUUAGAUUUAUGAUAAAUGUACCAAUGUGGUACCGUAUGUGACUUGGAGCCACUUUCCUGUGUGACUGUACUGCUUUUGUUGACUGGUAUCGAGUCAAGGACAUUCCACUUGGAUCAUUCAUCCCACCCUCCCCUGUAACCAUUCCAAGUCAUUGCUGUAAAUGAGAGAAUGUGUUUUCAGUCAACCUACCUGGUUAAAUAAACAUUGACAAAGACA